AUGUCUGGGGAUCGAGCGACAGAGACGAAGCCGACGACGACGUCGGCCCUGUACUCUCCGACAACCAUGGCAGAGGUGGGUGCGUUACACACGGUCAACACCUACCUUGGUACAGGUCUCAGUAAUUCUCCGGAGUUUCUGAAGGAACUGCCAGAGGCGUGCAAUCGGCAUGUAACCGAAUUUGACCUUGCUGCCUACGGCAAGGACGAGUUCACUUUGUCAAUGGAAAAGAAGGUCAUGGCUCGCAUGUUUUCUGCCUUUGAUGUGACGCAGUUGGGGUACCUGGAGGAAAACAAAAUUGAACACAUGUGCCGCUACCUGGGCCGUGACAUGAGCGAGAGCGACAUGAAACAGAUGAAGAGUGAGAUCAACGCCAUCGAUGGCCACAUCACGUUUGAAAAGUUCUGGAAUUGGUGGUGCUUACAUCCCGAGGUCUCCGCAAAAAAGGACUGCUUUUCGAUGGUGUCGCUUGAUUUUGCCGUGCCGUAUCACCAGCAGCAGCUCUUGACGAAGGAGGAGGGCGAGAUGUAUACGCCGAGUUACCGGGUCUUGUACUACUUCAGAGACGUGGAGACGGGGAAGGAGCGGCAGGUGUCGCCUUGGCACGACAUUCCACUCUAUGUGCGCGACCUGGUGCGCACAAAGCCUGCGUCGCUGCCGAUGAACCGCUACAAUUUUGUCUGUGAAAUCCCCAAGUGGACGCGUGCGAAGUUUGAAAUUGCCACAGGGGAGCCGUUUAACCCCAUCAAGCAGGACAUCAAGAACGGUGUUCCGCGGUUCUACAAGCAUGGUGAUAUGAUGUGGAACUACGGAGCGCUGCCGCAGACGUGGGAGAGUACCGAGGUCGUCUUUGAGGGGGGCUACAAAGGCGACAACGACCCGAUCGAUGCCAUUGAGAUCGGCAUGACGCAGUUCAAGGCGGGGCAGGUGGGGGCCGUGAAGGUGCUUGGGAUCCUCGGCAUGAUUGAUGACGAGCAGAUGGACUGGAAGGUCAUCUGCAUCUCGCACAACGACCCCAUCUGCCGCUUUUUGAAGGACAUCCACGACGUGCCAAAGUUCCUCCCAGGGUGCCUGGACGCCAUCCACGAGUGGUUUCGCGUCUACAAAAUUUGUCAGGGAGGCGUUGAGAACAAGUUUGUCUUCAACGGGGAGUUCAAGGACAAGACGUUUGCGAUGAAGGUAAUUGACGAGUCGCAUUACAUGUGGGGCAACCUUCGCAAGAUCAACAAAAAGGAAGAAGUCUGA